AUGAAGAAGUUGUAAGUUUACUUCUUUUUAAUAUUGAUGAUUGCCAUGACAUGUAAUAUUUGCUAAAUAAAAUUAGUUUAAGAACAAAUUAAACUUGGAAGCUAUGUUUAGAUUCAUGAUCUAGAAAAAUUGAAUUCUUUAGAGUUCAGCGACUUAGAUUGUGAAAAAGAUUUACUUAAGUUGCAGCAAUCAUUACAUACUUGGAUGGAUAUAUUCAAAAAUUAAAAUGAUUUAGAGGAUGAUGUGAAUAAUCUAUCAGCAUUAAAACUCGUUAUUACAAAUAUCAAAAACAAUCAGAAUCCCGAAUCGCCAAGUAUAUAAUACUUACUAAUAUAGCACUGUUCCAAUACAAAUAAUCCUAUGUUGAACUCGUAGAUUCAAUGGGUUCAAGUGAUCAAACACCAUUUUAUUAAUGGAGACUAGAAGGACCAUAAAAAUUAAUAUAAUCCAUUAACUUCAUAGAGCAAGCUCAAUCAUUUUAAGAUGUCCUUGAAUAUUGCACUGAAAUCGAGUAAAUGAUCAAUCUUCUUAUAAAUGAGAGAGAAGAAAUAAAAUAAGAACUCAACUCAUAACAAGUAACAAAUCUUCAUUUCAGUCUAGAUGAUUGUGCAAAAACUGGAUCAGAAGUCAUAGGAGGUUCAAGAAGCACUUGAAUAAUGCAAAUUGCAAAAAUAACAAUAAACAAUCAAAUAGCCAUAACCAUAAGUCAAAGAAUAAAUAAUUGAAGAUAAUAGAUAAAUACAUGAAUCAUCUGUUGAUCAAGAAAAACCAGUCUUUGAAAACACUAUAGAAAAAGAACAAGAAUUCGUAGAAUAUGGAUUUGGAUAUUGGUUAAGAUUUUUGACUCUUUAUCCAAAAAGAUUAGAAAAUAAGGAUAUACCUUGGUAUUUCUUAAGCAGAUUAACUUCUAAUAAAAAUUAUUAAAAUAUCGCAAUGAAUGAUAGACUAUUGGCAUUAUGGUUAGGUUAGGGAUUCUAUCAUUUUACAACAUGCGAUGAAUUGUAAAAUUAACCCAAUAUCAUUUAAAAUGUAAAUCAUCAUGAGGAUAUAGAUGGAUAAUGGACUUAUAUUUAUUAUUCAUAUAGUUCAAGUACAAAAUAAGCUAUUGGAAUAAUCCAAUUUGGAUAAGAAUAACCAUAAUAAAUUACUCAUAAUGUUCUACAUACAAAGACUAAAUACUUGAGAUUUUUAGUUGGUGGAAAGGAUAAUAAUCAAUAUCCUGGAUUUAAUGGUUAGUUUUCAUCAAUAUUCCUAUCAACUAACCCUGGGGUCUUUGUUCCUACUCUUAAUAAAUUUAUUGAUUAAUUUAAAACAGUCAAAAUGCCUGCAUCAGACUUUGAAUCUAUAUUUAGAGUUUAAUUGAUAGAUGAAGAAAUUAAUAGAAAUCCCUCACUUGAAGGAGAUUACAUGGCAGUAGGAGGAGGAUCGAAGAAAUUUCCUCUUGAAUAUUCUAUUAGUGGUUGGUUCAAAUGGGAGGAGAUUGUUUAAUAAGUAUGGCAUUCAGUCUUUAGAGUACAAAUCAACAAACCAUCUACUGAUAAGUUUCUUGGAGACAGAACAUUGUGUAUGUUCAUAGGAACGGCAUAAGGAGGAAUAUUUCAUUUUCCUACAUAUUCAUACUAAAAUAUGAAGGGAGAAGGCACUUCUAAUUUAGUCAAUAACAUUCCUCACAAAAACAAACAUCUAGACUGGUUUUUCGUGUACUUUGGCUAUUCUAAGAAAUUAAAAAAGGCAUUUGUAUAAGUUAGAUUGUCAUCUGGAAUUGAAACCCUAGAAUACAAUGAUGUUAAUCAUUAUUAUACCCCUCAAUUUCAUACUUACGUUGGUAAAGAUGAACACUUUCCAGGAUUUAAUGGUAAAAUUGCAUAUGUAAACUUUGUUCUUGGAUCAGGAUCUUAUAGAAAUAAACCAGAUUUCAUAAUUAAAGAUGAUUUAUUUGGAUAUGAUGUUGGAAAUACAAAACUUAUCAAAAAAGUUGAAAAGUAAAUUGACGAUUAAACUACAGUUGAUGAACAAGAUUGUGAAACUCUAAAAUAACCUGAAGAAAUAAAACCAGCACUUUAAGACGUCGAAGAUAGAGAAGUAUCUAUUGAAUCUGCAGAACCUGUAUUUGAAAAAGAAUACGAGGAGUCUCCAUAAAUUUAUGGGUAUGGUUUCUGGCUUAGGUUUAUGCAUGCUUAUCCUAAAAGACUUUUAUAAGGUAGAACUGCACCUUGGUAUUUCAUUUCUCGAUUGACUUCAAAUAGAAAAUAUGAUAAUGUGUAAAUGGGGGAUAGAUUACUGGCCAUAUGGUUAGGAUAAUCAUUUUAUCAUUUCACUACGUGUGACACUCAAAAGAAUUAAGCCAAUAUUAUUUCAAAUAUUGAUUAUCCCAAAGAUAUUGAAGGAGUUUGGACAUAUAUCCAUUACUCUUAUAACAAAUAAAGUUAGACUGCAAAUUCAUUUAUAAGUUACUCAAAAUCUGAUAUUUAAUAUUCAAGUGUCUAAGUUUAACAUCCUGAUAUCAAGUAUUUGAAAUUCAUUUUCGGAGGCAAUGAUCAAAAAAGAUAUCCAGGAUUCAAUGGGUUCAUAUCAAAAAUUAUGAUCACAAUUUCAAAGGAUAACUAUAUUGAAAAUAAAGAUGAAUUUACAGCCUUUGUAUCUAAAUUAGAGUAACCUAAAGUUGAUCUUACAGAUUUAAUUGCUUAUUAAUUGAUUGAAAAUGAAACAUAACGAUAAGACUCUGAUGAAUCUAUCAAUUAAACUUUAAAUGAUAAAAACUAGAGAUUCCCUAAUGAAUACUCAUUGAGUGGCUGGUUUAAAUGGACUGGACCUUAGAGAUCAGCUUGGCACAAUAUCUUUAGAGUCUAAAUCCAAACUCCUUCAACAGAUAUCUAUUUGGGAGAUAGGACUUUAUGUAUGUGGCUUGGUUCCAUAGAAGGAGGAGUGUUACAUUUUCCAACUUACUCAUACGAUGUCAACAAUCCCUAAGGCAAUCCAAAUUAUUAUCAAAAUAUUAAACACAAUCAAAGACAUUUGGAAUGGUUCUAUGUUUACUUUGGGUAUUAGAAAACAACAAAAUUAUCAUAUAUUUAAGUGGCUUGGCCUACAGAAACAUAGGAUUUAUUGUAUACAGAUAUUAACCAUUAUUUGACUCCUUCCUUUUAUAUAUUUGUUGGAAAAGAUAAAUUCUAUCCAGGACUAUCAGGAAAGUUAGCUUAAGUUUACUUUAACCUCGGAAAUGGAUCUUUUAAAACUAAAGAAGAAGUCCCAGAUACAGUAGAAUCAUACUUGAAAGGUAGUCAAGUAAUAAAACCUCAGAUUCCUAUCCCUUAGAAAAAACAAUAAUAAACUAUCUAAGAAAUUAAAAAAUCUGAAUUAUAACCAUAAUAAUAACCUACAGUUAAAGAUGUUCGUCAGCCUGAAUAAUAAUAAUGGGAUAUUUAAGGUCCAGUUCCGUUUGAUAAUUUAAAUAACAAUAAUGUUGAAGCAUAUUCAGAUACUCCUGAAUUGAAUUCUAGCAAGUCUGAUGACAAAAUUAAGUAGCCAGAUUGUUAAGAAUAGAUACAGGAUUAAGAUACUCCUCUUGUUCAACAAAUUUCAAAAAAAUAGGAUGACAUUAUUAUCAAAUAGAAAGAAUAAAAUGAAUAAAUUUUUGAUAAUUCUGUAAAAGAGAAAAAAGAUGUCACUGUAAAUGAGUAAAGUAAAAUAGCUAAUCAAGAAAUUGAAGAAGUUAAUAAAAGAAUUAGUACAACAGAUGAAAAAAAUCAAUCAACAAAUGACAAUACUAAUUUAACAAAUGAUGUAAUAUCAACUCCAAACAGAGAAAAGCAAUAAACUAAUGAAACAAUUUAACAAAACAACAAAGUUGAUUAAUAAACGGAUUAGACUAUUCAAUAAAAUAAUAAAGUUAUUAAAUAAACAGAUGAUGCAAUUUAACAAAGUAAUUAGACUAGUUAAUAAAGUGAUGAGACAAUAUAAAAGACUAAUAAAUCUACACAAUAAACAGAUCAAAUUAUUUAAUAAAAUAAUAACUCCAUUCAAUAGACAGAUAAAAUAAUUGAAUAAAGUAAUAAAUCAAAUUAGUAAACAAAUGAGACAUCAGAAUAAAAUACUAAUGCAGUUUAGUAAACUAAUGAAACAAUUUAAUCAAAUAAUAAAUCAAAUUAGUAAACAAAUGAGACCAUUUAAUAAAAUAAUAAAGUAACAACUUAAUAGAGUAAUAAAACAACCCAGUAAACAAAUGAAAUAAAUGAUAUGAAUAAUUAAAUAGAUAAGUAAACUGUCGAAACAUCAUAAUAGAAAAAUAAAGUAGUUUAGUAAACUAACGAAACAACACAAUAGAAUAACAAAGUAGUUUAGUAAUCUAUUGAGACUACUUAACAAAACAAUAAAACAGUUUAGUAAACAAAUGAGAAUACUUAAUAAAGCAAUAAAACAGUUUAGUAAAUAAAUGAGACUACUUAAUAAAGUAAUUAAACAGUUUAGCAAACUAAUGAAAAUAUUUAAUAAACAAAUGAAAGUACUUAAUCUUCAAAAUAAUCCAAUUAAUAAACUUAGCAAGUUGAUUAAUUAACCUAAUAAAUUGAUACUGUAACUUAAGAGUCUAAAUAAACAACAAAAGUAACCAAUUAAUCUUCUUAAUAAAUCAAUGAGACUACCUAAAAAAUAAAUGAAACAUCAAAUGAAUAAGUUAACAAAGUUGGAUAAAAUACUGAAUAAACAAAUAAAUAAGAAAGUAUCCCUGCAGAACCAGAAUUACCUGAUUAUAAGAUAAUUGAUCAUAAAAAUGAUGAUAUUAGUGAUUAAUAAACAAUGGAUAUGCCUGUUUAAGAAGGCGAUCUAUGUGUAUAAAAUCAGGAUGAAGAAUUCGAGAAAGUUUAAGAAAUUAAGAUUAUUCCUGGGUAAACUUAUGAAGAUUAAAUAUCCAAUGAUAUAGAAGGAAAAAAUCCAAUAGUUGACUAGGGAAUAACAGUUGCCAAUAAUUACCAAGAGUAUGGUUAUGGAUAUUGGAUGAGAUUCUUAACAUAUUAUCCAAAAGAACUAAUUAAAGGGAAAGAUGCUCCUUGGUAUUUCAUAAGUAGGUUGACAAAAAACAAAAAUUAUGAAAAUAUUAAUAUGGGUGACAGAGUAUUGGCAAUAUGGCAAGGAGCAGGGUUUUACUAAUUCACAACAUAUGAUAUUAAUGGAUUGAAACCUAAUGUUUUAUUAAAUGUUGAUUACCCUAAUGAUAUUGAAGGUGUUUGGACAUACAUUUAUUAUUCUUACAGUACAGAAUAAGAAUAAGCAGUUGGCCAUAUUAAAUUUGGAAAUGAUAAAUUCACAACAAUAAAAUAAAAUGUAAAGCAUUCUCCAACUGUUUACUUAAGAUUUAUUUUAGGCGGAAAUGAUUAAAAUAGGUUUCCAAGUUUUAAUGGAAUAUUUACCAAGAUUACUUUUGGUAUUAGAACAGGAACAUUUCUAUUAACAUCAGAGUAGUUAAUAAUGAAAUUGAAUAUUUAUGAUGUUCCUUAGUAAUCUGUGGAGGAAGUGCAGAGUGUUAGAAUAGUAGAAAAUGAGGAGACACGUUCUUCAGAGAAUUUAUAUUAGUAUAAAGUAAUUAGGAACAAGAAAGUUAAGUUCCCUAGAGAGUAUGCAUUGAGUGGAUGGUUCAAAUGGUCAACAUUGUUGGAAAAGGAGUGGCAUAACUUAUUCAGAAUUUAGAUAAGAAAGGAGUCUACAGAUAGUUUUUUGGGAGAUAGAACAUUAUCAUGUUGGAUUGGAAAGACUUAAGGAGGAGUGUAUCAAUUCCCAACUUACACUUAUACCAAUAUGAUUGCCAAUGGUAAUGCAAAUUUAUAUAAAAAUCUCAAUUUAAAGGAUAGACAUACAAAAUGGCAUUUCAUCUAUUUUGGAUAUUCAAAGAUCAAGAGUUAAGCCAAUGUCUAUGUGAAAUGGUAGGAGGAUGAGGAUUAAUUGAUCUACGAUAAUGUGAAUCAUUACUAUGUCCAAACAUUAUUUGCUUAUGUUGGAAAGGAUAAGUUUUAUUCUGGAUUGAAUGGUAAAAUGGCAUAUGUAGUAGUGAAUUUCGGAUUUGGUGCGUAUAAGAAUCAGAAACAAUUUGAUGAAGAAAUUUUCAACCUCAAACUUGGAUUGAAGGAAUUAGUUAAGAGUACGGAGGAAUAGUAAUUUUAACCAGUGAUAAAAUAAGAGAAGAUAGAGUCAAGUGGUUUUGAUUCAGAUAAGGCUAGCUUUGAAUAAGAAGAAAGUGGUGAGAAGCCAUUUAAGUAAUAUGGUUAUGGAUAUUGGAUGAGGUUUUUGACUCUCUAUCCAAAAUAAUUGCUGGGUGGAAAAUCAGCGCCUUGGUAUUUUGUUUCAAGAAUGACAUGGAAUCAAAAUUAUAACGAUAUUAAUAUGGGUGAUAGAGCAUUAGCUGUUUUCUUAGGAAAAGGGUUCUACUAAUUUUCAACUUGUAAUUUGAUAACUAAGAACCCAAAUCAAGAGUAAAGAAUAGAUCAUCCAGAAAAUAUAGAAGGUCUUUGGACAUUCGUUUAUUAUUCUUAUAAUAAAGAGUUAGGAAAGGCUGUUGGAUUCAUAAGAUUUGGAUAUGAUAAAUUUUAAUAGGUUUAGCACACUGGAGUUACACAUUAGGAUACAAGAUUUAUAAAAUUGAUUGUAGGUGGAAAUGAUAAGAAAAGAUAUCUUGGGUUUAAUGGUCAAUUUUCUAAGAUCUCAUUCUCAACUCGGGAUGGAUCAUAUAUAGAUUAGGAGAAGAUUUUGAAAUCUUAUACGUUAGAGAGAAAAGUCUAAAAAAUUGCUACAAUGAAUGUAUUGGGAGAUUAGUUUUAGAGGAAAGCAGAUGAGGAAGGAGUGUUUGCUUAAAGUGACAAGGUUGAUUUACCAACAGAAUAUGCUAUCAGUGGUUGGUUCAAGUGGGUAUUAGCAGAUAAAUAGGAGGAUUUGCAUAGCAUGUUUAAAGUUACAAUAAGAAAUCCUUCAGAUGAUCAAUUAGGAGAUAAAACUUUAGUGGGAUAUGUUGGAAAGAACGAUUUAUAGUUCUCAACUUAUAGUUUUGACAACAUGGAAGGAAAUGGUAAAAAGGAUAUUCAAAGGAAGAUUGAACAUAAGAAUAGACAUUAAAGAUGGUUCUUUGUCUAUUUUGGAUAUUAAUAAGAGAAAUCAACUUGCCAUGUCCAUGUUUAAUGGUAGGAUGAAAUGUCAUAGCAGGGAUUCACUUAUAUUAAUCACUAUUUGAGUAAUCAAUUUUUCAUUUACAUUGGUAAAGAACCAUUUGUGGCUGGAUUUAAUGGAUUGAUUACUUAGAUUAAAUUCAAUAUGGGUGAAGGGGCAUAUAAAUAAAGUACUGAUUAUAAGGAUCAAAAUAAUAUAUUUGGGUUUGAUUUGUAAACUAUUAAGAAAGAAGUUAGAACAUUUGAUCUUGCAAAAUUGAAAGAUAAAAUUAUGGUAGACUCGAAUAGUGAUGAGGAGUCCAAUUAUUUGAAGGUAUUUAAUAAAGAUGAGUUGGAUGAGGUAUUUGAAUAUGGAUAUGGAUUUUGGCUUAGAUAUCUAAGGAAUUAUCCAAAAGUAUAAAUUGAAGGAUUAAAAGUUGAUUGGAGUUUCAUCAGUAGAUUGAGUAAGAAUGAUGUAUUGCAAGAUAGUACUCUUGGUGAUAGAGCUUUGGCAAUUUGGCUGGGCAAAGGAUUCUAUCACUUUACCACUUACAAUUAAUAGCUCUCUAAUAUCUUUACUAAUGUGAAUCAUCCAGCUGAUAUUGAAGGUUUAUGGACAUUCAUUCAUUACUCACACAAUCUUAAUAAGGAAUAAAGUGUAUCUUUUAUUUAGUUUGGUAAUGACAAACCGAUUAGGUCUGCUAUAUAGAGUGUUCAUGUAAUUCCAACCAUUUUGAAGUUCUAUUUGGGUGGAAAACAUUUGAUUUAUAAAGGAUUUAAUGGAUAAAUAAGUGGAGCUUAUGUUAGUGUGAAUAAAGGCAUUUAUAUUGAUAAUGAGGAGAAAUUGCAAGAUUUAUUAAAAUCUAAUCCUUAACCUUCUACAUACAGAGUAGAAUUGAUUUAAAAUGCAUUAAUGGAUAAAAACACAAGAUUUGAGAUGAAUUCAGAAGCAAAGCAAUUUUAAUUUGAGGAUCAAAAAUUUAGUGGAGAAUACUCUUGGAGUGGUUGGUUCAAAUGGUCUAGUGUAAUUUAAAAUGCAUGGCAUUUAGCUGUUAGAUUGUCUACACUUGAAAAUUAUGAGAAUAAAGAUAGCUUGGGAGAUAGAACAUUAUGUUUAUGGGUUGGACAAUAAGCUGGCGGAGUCCUUUAUUUUUCUACCUAUACUUAUACAGACUUAUAUGGCUCAGGAAAUGCAAACAGUGUAUAGAAUGUUCAGUAUAAGGAUGAUAUUGCGAAGUGGCAUUUUAUUUAUUUUGGAUAUUCAAGAGUUUAAUAAUUGGCUUAUGGCAAAGUGGAAUUUGGAUAUAGAAAAGAAGAAGUCAAAUUUGAGAAUCAUCAUCAUUAUUUACCUAACAAAUUCUUUUUGUCAGUAGGCAGAGACAAAUGGCAUGAUCCUUAUUUGGGUAACAUAGCCUUUUUAAGAUUCUAAUCAGGAGAAGGAGCAUUUCAUUAGGGAGAAUUCAAGGAGAUUAACAAUGACUUAUUUGCUAACAAAUUGGGAUCAAUGGAAUUAUUGAAAUCUAAAUUGAAAUUUGAUAUUGAUAAGGAUGCUAUCACUAAGAUGUUUGCAUCUCCAUAGGUAGAUUAGAAGGAACCAAUAUUCUCUAAGAUUUUUAAUGAGGAGGAAUUGGACAAUGUGUCUGAAUAUGGUUAUGGAUUUUGGAGCAGAUUUCUCACCAGGUAUCCAACUCAAUUAGUUGAGGGAUUAAAAGCAGAUUGGUCAUUCAUUUCAAGAUUAACCAAAAACUAAAAUAAAGGGGAUAUGAAUUAUGGAGAUAGAACUUUGGCUAUUUGGUUAGGAAAAGGCUUCUAUCAUUUCACAACAUAUUCUCAUAAAUACGCUAAUGUAGUUCAUAACAUUGAUCAUCCAGUAGACAUUGAAGGAUUAUGGACAUUUAUUUAUUUCUCACAUAAUCUAUACAAAAAAGAAAGUGUAGCUAUGAUUAAAUUUGGAGAAGGCAAAGUGAUAAAAGGAGUUAUUCCAGCUAUUCAUCAGAGCCCAACCUUUUUACAAUUAUACAUAGGAGGUAAUAAUAUGAAGUAUGCCGCCUAUAAUGGGCAAUUUGCCGGAAUAUUGUUUUCGAUUGGGGAAGGAAUCUUCUUAUAAAGUGAGACAGAUUUGGAAAAAUUGUUAGAUAAAUUGAAAAAACCAAAUGAUUAUAGUUUGAAAUUAUAGACUAGAGAUAUGAUUGCAAAGCCUAAGUAGUCUUUUGUUGCUUAAGAAACAGUAUUUGAUGAUGUUCCAUUGGUUGGACAAUACUCAUGGAGUGGUUGGUUUAAAUGGAAAUAAAUGGGAUAAUAGUUUCCAUGGUAUCUUAUGGUUAGACUGGCGAUAAUUAGAAAUACAAGUGAUAUGAAAUUAUUAGGAGAUAGAACUUUAACGGCAUUCAUGGGUCAAGGUUACAUUCACUUUACAACCUACACUUAUAAAAAUAUAUAUGGUGAGGGUACUCCAAAUAUUUGGUAGAACAUUAAUCAUGAUGGAGAACAUAUAUAAUGGCAUUUUGUGUACUUUGGGUAUUCGAGAGCAUAAAGAUUGGCUUAUGCUAGAGUUGACUUUGAUGGUGGGAUUGAGUCUGUGUCAUUCAAAGAAACUAACCAUUUUGUUCCCAAUGUUUUUGCUUUGACAAUUGGAAAAGAUAAAUGGUUCAAUUAAUAUAAUGGAGACAUUGGAUAUUUUAGAUUUAAUGCAGGAGAAGGUGCAUUCCAAACUGAAAAUUAUGACAAAGUGUAAAAUGAUAUCUUUGCAUUCAAAAUUGGAAGACUAUAUACAGUAAAUCCUAAUAAACCACCUCCAGAAGAACUGAGAAAACAAGAGUAAUUUGACAAUUCUUUGGAAGGGUAAACAGUCUAUUCAUUUGAAAUAUCAAAGGAUAUUUAUGAAUAAUCGAUAUCUUCCCAUGUACCUGAAAUUAUAGGAGCAGAAGGAGAAAUUAUUAAGAAUACUGAGUAGAUUGAGGAAGAGUAAAAAAUACUUUAGAAAAAGGAAGAAGAAUUGAAGAAAGAAGCUGAAAAGUUCAAGGAUGAAAAGUCAGUCGGAAUAAAAGAUGGUCAUUAUCAAUUUCCUGAUUAAGAUUAGAAAAAAGUUGUAUCAGAUGAAUCAGUUGAUAUUGUUAAACCUAUCCAAGAGUAACCGAAGAAAGAUGGAGAAUAACCAAAAUAAUAAGAAUAAUAACAAUAAUAAUAAUAAAAAUAAUCAGAUUGGGAUGGAUUAAGAUUCUACGGGUAUGGAUUCUAUUUGAGAUAUCUUACAAUGUAUCCAGAAUAAUUAAGAGAUGGUAAAUUUGCCCCAUUUUAUUUCGUAUCUAGACUAACUUGGAAUCCUUAACCAUAAGAUGUUGGUAUGGGGGAUAGAGUGCUAGCCAUCUUUUAAGGAUAAGGAUCAUAUAGUUUCCAUACUCUAGACAGGCCAUCCAAUAAUCCUAAUUUAAGAACUGUUAUUCCUUAUGCUGAUAUUGAAGGAGUUUGGACCUUUGUUUAUUUCAGCUAUUCACAAGUAGAUAAGAAGGCCAUAGCAUUUAUCAAGUAUGACAACAACGCUGAACUAUACAGAAGAGAUAUCAUUUGUAAUCAUGGAGACGUUGAGUAUUUGAAAUUGAUGAUUGGAGGAAAGUAAGGUAUUUAUUAAGGAUUCAAUGGUUAAAUUGCCAAUUACGCUUUUAAGUAUGGUAAAGCAGCGUAUGUAAAUAAUUUUGAGUUGUUCAAGAGGACUCUAUCAAAUAGAAUACCCCAUCCGAUUGCUGAUGAUUACAAGUUUAAUCAAAUUAAAAUUAUUGAGGGUUCAUCAGGGUUCAAAGGAGAUGAAUAGACUGACAGUAUUUAAGAAAUAGAAAGCCACUUCUAAAAUGAAUAUGCAAUAAGUGGGUGGUUAAGAUGGGAUUAACCUAUUGGGGCACCCUUCUUCGCAAUAUUUAGGUUGAGUGGAUUCAAAGUAGAGGAUAACAACGAUUCCAAAUUAGGUGAUAGGGACAUGAUGCUAUUCAAACACACCUCAUAUUACUUAUUCCAAUCAUACAAUUAUCACAAUUUGAAUGGAGCAGGAGAUUUUGCAAUUAAUUGGUCAGUGAACCAUCAAGAGUGGGAUUAAUUUUGGCACUUUUUCUAUAUUGGUUAUAAACGAGAGAGCAAGUAACUCUAUUAUUAUAUCUCAUUUGUUGAUGAUGAAUUCGAUCAAGUGCAUAAUAACAUCCAUCACUUCAUCGUUCAUAAACAUUAUCUCCAAUUCGGAAGAGACUACAGCAAAUUCUAUAGCAAACACAGAGGAUUCACAGGACAAGCCACUCAGGUCUUAUUGAGUUAUGGUAAAGGGUCAUUCCAAACUAAACCGUUUAAUAAUGAUAUCUUCAUGUAUAUGAAAGGAGUCAAAGAAUUGUUUUCAUCUCUAGAAUUAGUCACAAGGGAAAGUGACAGAAAUAAAUUGCUAGUUGCAGAUGCUAAUAAACAAGGCACACUAAUGGAUCUAGAAGUCAAUGAUGGAACAGACUAUAACAUUAGAGGAUUGAAUGAGUAUGGUUGGGCCUUGUGGUGCAGAUGGUCGAGGACCUUGAAUCGACCCAUUUAAUUCAAAGAUUAUUGGUACUCUCUUGCAAGAAUUGCCAACAGGAAGGGUCACCAAGAUUUGGCAACUCCAGGAGAUAGAACAUUAGCUACUUGGAUAGGCAUGGGAUUCUAUUUGUUUAGUACUUAUACCAAAGGAGUCUUACAAGUGACUGAAACCAUUCCCUAUGGAAGGUAUGAAGGACAAUGGAAUCUUAUUGUUUUUGCAUAUAGGAAGAAUAUGGCUAAGGCAAGUGUUCUUUUUGGACAAGAUUAAACUAUUGUAGAGAGAGAGUUCAAAGUAAAGCACAACUUGAUUAAAGAUUAUUUAAGAUUCGUUGUUGGUUCAGAAUUCCAUUAUAAAUUCUUUAAUGGUCAUUUAGUAAAUAUCCAACUCAGAUUGGGCAGUGGAGCCUAUCUAAGCAAAGAAGAAAUAGUAAUUAUUGCUAAUGGAGAAUUAGGAUUACCUGCAGAAUCCAAAUAUGAUUAGAGUAGAAAAACUGUUGAAAUUGUAAAGGGACGAAUUUCUAAUUCAGGGCAAGGCAGAGAAUACGAGAUCAAAGAAGAAGUUGCUUAAGGGAAAUUAGAAUAUUCAAUAUCUGGCUGGGCUAAAUGGGUAGAUAUACCAAAUAUACAACCCUGGUACAUGUUAUAUCGUGUCUCAUACUACGAUUAUAAUGAACUAUUGAAUAUGGAAAUACCUGGAUCAAGAAUCUUUUAGUGUCAUAAAGCUUAUGGAUUCUAUCAUUUUAAUACAUAUACAGUUGAUUAGGAGAAUGGAGGAGCAUGGUAUAUUACGAAGAACAUUGAUUACGAUAUAACCUAACAUAAAAAUUGGGUCUUUUUCUAUCAAGCCUAUUCUCAUUCUAAGCGAUAGGUCCAUCUCUAUGUCAAAUUUCCAGGAUUUGAAGAACACUAUACAUAUAACAACAUAAAUCAUUUUAUUGCUUAGAAAUUUAAGGUUCAUUUUCUAUUGGAUAGAUGGAGUCCAGGUUUCAAUGGUUUUCUUGACAGUUGGUACUUUAAUGUAGGUUCUGGAUCGUAUAAAGAAAGUGGAUAUGGUAUAGGUGAAAAUGAAGAAACUACUUUUGGAUUUGGAUUGCAUAAACCAGCUGAACCAAAGAAUUGGUAAUUUGAUGAUAAUUAUGCAUGUGGAUUUACCUAAUAAAAUGUAGGGUAAGAAGUGGAAUAUAAGGACGAUCUACAAAUAGACGGAUUAGUUGAAUAUGGAUAUGGUAUGUGGACUAGGUUUGCUUGGAAUACUCCAAUUAAAAUCAUCAGUAAACCAACAUGGAUGGCAUUAUCAAGAUUGACAGUUAAUCCAAAUUAUUAAGGAGAUGCUGGUUAAUUGGGAGACAGAGCUUUGGCUAUAUGGGUUGGACCUGGAUACUAUCAUUUUACAACAUCAACUAGAGGAAAUUAUAAUGUAGUACAUAAUAUCGAAUAUGAUCAAAUGUUGGAUGGAUAAUGGAAUUACAUUUGGUUUGGAUAUAAAAGAAUGAAUGAUAAACAAGGCAGUGCAAUUGGAUAUGUAGCAUUUGAAGGUUCAUUGAUAAGAAAGACAAAUUUCGGUAAUAUUCUCCAACAACCCUUGAAUGACUACUUGUAUUUGGCUGUAGGAAGUUCAGGCAGAUACUUUCUGGAUAGGUAUUAUCAAUUUAAUGGUCACAUCUAAAAGGUGUCUUUGGUGUUAGGACCUGGAGGUUACUUUGAAAAUGAAGAUUUAUUGAGAAAGUAAAUCCCAUCUAAACCAGACUUUAUGAGAAAUCUAAAGCAAUUUUCCAAGGUGGUUGUAGAUGAGGUCAAAAUUAUGAAAAGAGAGGAAUGGGUACCAUAACCUGUAGAAUUCAAUGAAGAGUUUGAUGGGGCAUAUGAAUAUUCAGUUUCAUUGUGGUUUAAGUGGACUAAAACUUAUAGAGUGGCAUGGGAAAAUGUAUUCUCAGUGUCAUAUAAUGAAUAAAACAUUAGGGCAAAUCAUGCUAAGCCUGGAGAUAGAGUCUUAUCUAUGUUUUAAUAUGCAGAUCACAGAAUAUUCUUCAGUACAUAUACAACUCCUGGCAAUCAUGAUUAAUUUGCUCAUUUAUACACUGAAUGUCCAGUUGAUAUACCAUCUCAAAAUGAAUGGGUUUAUGGAUAUUAUGCUUAUAGUAGAUACCAAAAUAAGGUGAUAUCAUAUUUGCAAACCAAAACAUAGAAGUGCUUAAAGUCAUUGUCCUGCAUGCAUAGAGUACCUAAGUACAUGGGAUUAUAUGUGGGCAAAGAUGGUAUUCAUACACCUUACAAUGGCAAGUUCAGCAAAUUAUAUUUUAUGGGCAAUGCAGGUUCCUACAUAGAUAGUAAUUUCUAAUCCUUUUAACCUUUUGCUGCUGGAGGUAUAUCAAUUACAAAGCCAUCCUAUUUUUGGAGCGAUUAAAAGGAAAGAUUUGAGAUUGCUUAUGAUUAGAAUAAAGUAUUUGAAUUAAAACCAGAGGAGGUUGAUGAAUAAACAUCUUAUAGUAUAGGUAUGUGGACAAAAUACUUUACCGCUAUUCCAAAAAGACUGCUUCAAAAGCCAGAUUGGUUACAUAUUGCUCGUUUAACAAUUAAUCCUAAUCAUAAAAACUAUGAAAAUAUUGGAGACAGAACUCUGGCCAUUUUUAUUGGAAGAUAAUAUUAUGGAUUCUUUACUUAUAAUGCUGCUAAUAACAAUCCAAAUAUUGUUUAAAAUAUUAGAUAUGACGAUAAUUUAGAAGGCGAAUGGAAUUUCAUUUAUUUCUCCUAUAAUUCUGAAAUGCAAUUGGCAUCUGGUUUUGUAAAAUUCAGUAAACUCGAUAAAAUCUAAAGAAUCCAAUUCAGAGACAUUUAACAUCGACCUAUUGAUAAUUAUGCAAAAUUAGUAAUAGGAAAUGAGUUCUAGUAUCAGGGAUUCAAUGGAUAGAUUGCCAGUCUAUAAUUAGGAUUUGGUAAGAAAUAUUACGUUCAUGACUCCGAUGCUCUGAAUAAAAUCAUUCUUGAAUUCUUUAAAACUCCUGCUGAGGAAGAGGAUGAUAACAGAAAAAUCAAUAUUGUUGACUAAAUUAAAGAAAGGGUGUUUAACAAUGGGCCUGAUUAUAAGGAAAUCUUAGAUUAGAAAGGUGCUGAAGAGUAUGCUAUGUACGGAUGGUUUAGAUAUACAAGUACGCAAUUAAAGACUCCAAAUAAUUGUAUAAUGAGAUUAACUAAUAAUGAAUAAGCAUACAGGGGUGAAAUAAGUAGAGUUGGAGAUAGAACACUAUUAGUGAUGUUGUAACCAGGUGAAUAUGUGUUUGCAACCUAUUCCCUUGGUAAUAUUGAUAAUGGAUAAGUUGUGAACAUCAGAAGACCAACGCCUUAUAAAAGCAACCUUGGCAUAUGGACUUAUAUUUACUUUGGAUAUCAUUUUUCAAAGAGAAAAGCAUCAGGAAUCAUCAAGUAUCCAAAUAGUUAUGCACUAAUUCCAUAUGAAAAUGUAUUACAUAUGGUUCCGAACUAUUUAUUAUUCUUUUUUGGAGGAGAUGGAAUGCUUGGAGGAUGGCAUGGGUAAAUGUAAAAAGUGAAUUUGUUAUUUGGACGGGGGUCAUUUGUAGAUUGUAAUAAAGGAAAUUUCGAAGAAAAAUUGCCAAAUCUUUAAGGAGUUGAAUCUAAGCCAUUGAUUUGGGAUGGAAUAGACAAUAAAAUGAUUGAAGUGCCAUUAGCAGAUAGGCCAGGAUUAGAUAUUGUGUUUAAUAAGGAUGUAAGUGGAUUUACUGAAUAUGGUUAUGGAUUGUGGACUAGAUGGCUGACUACCAUUCCAAAGAGGAUAAUAGAGAAGGCUCCAUUUCAUCAAUUGAUCAGAUUAUGUAGUACGGAAUAAUACGAAGAUGCUGCUUAAUUGGGUAAUAGAGCGUUGGCAAUUUGGGUUGGUAAAGGCUAUUAUCACUUUACAACUUACAAUAAGAUUGGAAACAAGAUUUCUAUUUCUCAGAAUAUCAACUAUGAUGACAAUUUAGAAGGGGAAUGGAAUUACAUCUACUAUUCAUUCACUAAUAAGUAAUAGGCAAGAGCUGUUGGAUUUGUAUAUUUUAGUGAACAAGCAGGUACAGCCAUAUCUCGAGUUGAAUUUUUGAAUUUAGAACAUGUGCCUCUCAAUGGGUAUGCUAGAGUUGUGGCUGCCAAUAAAGAGUUUGGGUAUUAGUCAUUUAAUGGAAUGAUUGCAGAUUUGCAAAUUCAUUUAGGAAAUGGAUUUAUAGGAUCUAGAGAGUAAUUGAUCAAAGAAAUCAUUCAACUUAAUCCACGACCACCCAUUGAAAUCAUAUCUAAAAUGGAUGUUAAUUUGAUUAAGACUGAAGUUGUCAUAAAGCCUGAAGAAAGGAAAGAGAUGAAAUACAAAUAUGAUUAAUACAAAGGUGUAAAUGAAUAUGCAGUCUCUGGUUGGCUGUAAUCUUAAGUAAUGGGUUUGACAGAAGCUUAUAGAAAUGUAUUUAGAUUGAGCAUCAACGCACCAGAUUUCUAGAGAGAUAAAUAAUAUGCAGGAGAUCGAACUCUAUCAUUAUUCUAAAGUAAGACUAAGCUAACAUUUUCAACUUACACAUAUGGAAAAUUAGAUUCAUAAGGAGAUGAUAGCAAUGAAUUCAAUAGAAUCAUUAAUUCAGGAAAUAGUAAUGGAGAGUGGGUGUUUGUGUACUUUGGAUAUUAAUUCAAAUCGAAAUAAGCCUUUGCAUUUACUCUGUUCAUGAAUCAUUAGGAUAGUGCUCAAUUUAAUAAUAUAAGACAUUUUGUUCCUAAUUAAUUCUUCUUCUCAUUGAGUAAUGAUGGAUAUUAUCCAAUAUUUGAUGGUAGUUUAUAUGAUUGGAAUCUAUACUUCGGUGAUGGGGCAUUCACUAAGAGACCAAGGUAGAUAAUUAAUUCGUGGCCUGUAGAACCAAUUGAGGAAUUCGAAGGAGUGAUCUCUGCACUAUUAUCAAAUAAAGGUCUAAAUUCUAUGAAAGUGAUAAGACCUGAGAAAAAGGAAGAUGAGGAAAUUGUAUUUAAGAAUAACUUCCCUAAGUCUGGGGCAAUUUCAGGAAACCCACUACCACGUUCUGGUUAAACUUAAGUUGAUUCUAAAUAACCAAAUAAAAUAACUUAAACUCUUAAAUAACCUGAAUCAGGUUAAGUUAAUACUUAAUAAUAAUAAUAAUAAUAAUAAUAAUAACAAUAAUCUAGAAAACCAUUAUCUGGAAUAGCAGAUCCAAAGUGA